UUUAGAAAUGCAAUCAACAGUAUCACUGUAACCAUUUCUCUCUCUCUCUCUCUCUCUCUCUCGGGAGGACAGACAAAACAAGAACUAUGUCACUACCAGCAGCUGUGCAUGUGCUAAAACCUGAAACCCCAAGACUCUUCUCUCUCCUUCCCACCUCUCUAUUCACUUUCUCUACCCCUCACUGUCUCUCUCGCUCCCAAACCCUAAUAGUUUCACGAAAAUCCUUCACACUCUCAACCUCUUCUUCACGCUCGUCCUCAUUCCAGUUCUCUCCCCAACACCAACAACAACAAGAAAUCGAUUUUCACGACGAAGACGAAGAACAUGUCGUCGGCGAUUGUGUCGUAUUCGAAGAAGGCAUAUUCGAAGACCCUUUUCUUCAACCGAACUUCGAUUCCGAUGCGAAUUUCCCCAAAAAGAACACUGAAUCUUCUUCUGUACAAGUUAAUCCCCAGGAUUUGAUUCCGGAAAAAUGGAAGGAAGUUCAGGCACAGAUCAAUAUUACGAAGAAGGAGAGGCGAAAGAUUGCUCAGGAAUUGGAGUUUGGUAGACGUGUUGAGAAGAGAAAGCAAGGAUUGAUUCCGAUAAGGAAUGUGGAGGACUAUGUGGCUUAUAGGGAUGAAAAGCUAUCGCAAUUGAAACCUGUUGUUCUUGAUAGUCCGAAAUUUUCGGAUUCUGGUGACGAAAAGGAUGAGAAUGAUGUCGGUAAAUCCAGAGAAGGUUCCAAGAGUAGCAGCAGAGUGGCUCCGAGGAACCCUAAAUUGGCUGUUUAUGGUGCUACUUUGGAUGAUAUUUCGGACUUCUUUAGCACGAAUUAUGAUCCUAAAGCUGCCAAAAAUCCUCAAGGCCCUCGUAAGUUGUUUACUAAGGAGGAGAAGGUCCUACUAAAUAGGCGGAUACCUGAGGUGUUGGCUGCUACCUCUGACAAGUGGCUACCUCUGCACAGCCUUGCAGCAUCAGGAGACUUUUACCUUGUCAAUGCUUUGUUGAAACAUAAUGUUGAUAUCAACAACCAGGACAAGGAUGGACUGACUGCACUUCACAAAGCAAUGCUUUCCAAAAAGCAGGCCAUUUGUAACUAUCUUUUGCGAGAAUCAGCAAAUCCAUUUGUUCGGGAUAAAGACGGGGCUACAUUGAUGCACUAUGCUGUCCGCAUGGCUUCAAGUCGGAUGAUAAAAAUUCUUCUAUUGUAUAAUGUUGAUAUAAACCUCCAAGACAAUGAUGGGUGGACACCAUUACAUCUGGCUGUUCAAACCCGCAGAACAGAUAUAGUGAAACUUUUGUUAAUCAAAGGUGCUGACAAGACAUUAAAAAACCUGGACGGUUUAACAGCACUUGACCUUUGCCUCUAUUCUGGACAUGACACAAGGACCUAUGAGCUAAUCAAGCUGCUGAAACAGCUUCCCAAGCCGCGGUAACAGCUUUGACCAUAGACUCAAGUCAGCAGUAGUACACCUUGCCAAAUCCUUUGUCAAUUUACACCAUCGACUACCAUUGUAUUUAAAUAUGCGAGAUCCACAUUUGAGUCGAACAGAGAUCGUGUGAUCUUGACAAAGAAGAAAAUGCAGAUGAUACUACCAACAGCAGUGGCACACAAUUCAAAUGCCUGCUUCAACACCCUAUUUAUUGGCUACUUCUCUAACCCAUGAUGUUCGGUUUUAAAGUCUGGAUGUGUGAAAUCCAACAGUUCUACCUUAUGGCACUCUUAUUGUUAAUAGGCAAUCUUCUUAUCAAUACCCUAGAAGCUGAUGGUGGUUGUCCGAGGAAAGCAUUAGUGAAUUUGAUUGUAACAUUGUAAAUAAUUAUUACUGGAUCGAUAGCGAAAACAGUGAUGCUAUUCCAGAUGGUUAGUUUGUUGAUGCAUGGUGAUACUUAAGUCAAUCUGACCCAAUUUGGGCUGAGACUCAUUGGAGGUAGGGUGGUCAUGGGUUGGGUUGGGUUGGGUUCGGCUACUUGGAUGGUUUGAAGUUCUUUGACUACCCAAAGAAAGAACACUGCGGUUCUUUUAGGUUGGAAAUGUAAUUCUGGUAAGAGCUCAAAGAAAGAACACAAGAGAAACUAGAAUUGAAUAAAUGGCAGUUGUAGAAAAACAGAACACAGGUCUUUGCUUUUUCUUCUACUUUUAUUCAAAGCGACAUAAAUGGUUUCCGUA